AAUGAUAAAUAUAUCUUUCGAGAAAUCUCCAGACACAGUCAAUGUUUAAGAAAUAAGUAUUAAAAUAUUCUUUUAUUUACAGGCAAAGAUAUUUAAAUUGCAUUAUUUGAUUGCAGAGGUGCUGAACAAAAAACUUGGAAUUUUUAAGGUUUGACAGUUAUUACUCCAAAUGGAACUGUAUUUUAAGAUGCUGAUUUAACUGAUACAUGGGCUGAAUAUGAUGAAAAGGCUGCUGAAGAGGUUUUGGUUGAUAAAUUUAAAGCUUUUUUCUAAAAAACAAAGUGAAUUAAUAAGUAUUUAACAUCAUAUUUAUCGAACCU